UAUAUAUGCAAUGAAGAAUCGACAAAAUCAAUUCCUAAACAAACUAAUACUUUCAUGAAGUAAAAGUCAGUAAUGACAAGUGAAGUGCCAUAUUGCGACUUACUAAAAUUCAAGAACAUGCCUUAAAUUUUCAAUGCAAUAGUAAUUAAAACUUCUUUAAAAACGAAAAAUAAAACUGGAUUCAAAGCAUUCGAAAAUAAAUCAAAGCAGUUAACAUGGAGGAGAGUAACACAAAAGUUCAAUCAUUAAACAACCCUCCACAAACGAAUCGUGAAAUAAUUUAUGAAUUACAAAAUAAAUUAUGUGAAAUUCUCUCAGAUAGAGAUUUUGAUUUGUUUAUGAAAGAUGAACAUAAAGAAUUAUACAAAACAGUUGGUUAUGCUCUAUUCGGACCUCCAUCCAUUUUAAAUGAAAGCGAAACAGAUGCGGGCUACACAAAAAAACAACAAGAAAAAAUUGAUCCAAUAUACCAAGCCAUUCUUAAAUAUGGUUCGUAUGACCGUUUACCUGGUGUAAUUUAUAUGGCAACAAUAUUCGUUUUUGGAGAAAAAUUAAAUUCAAAAAAUGGAGAUGUUUUUCAAGUACCAGUAUUCAGAAUUCGUAAAUGUCAUAAGAAACUUCCUGAAUAUGAUUGCUAUUUGCAAUUGUGCGAUGCAAAAGCAUAUGGACAGUAUAUCGUUGAAAAGACUGUAAAUUAUUGUACAGUUUUCAUUGAUGAUGACGCAAGAGUCUAUGAAUCUUGGCAACAAUAUUUAGAAAAUAAUACUCUCCCAAAAUGUAAAAUGUAUGUACCAACGGAUGGGAAGUAUCAAGCUAGGAUUCUAGACGAAAAAAAACAGGAAAUGGAAGUUAUGCUGGAUAUUAAAUUAUCACCAUCAUGUACCUUAUUACAAAGAGCUGCAAAUACGGCAGAUAUUGUUGGGACUGUAGGUGGUAUUGGAAGUAUGGCUAUUUGUGGCGCUGCUGCAAUUCCAGCUGUAGCUGUAGCUCCAGUCGUGUUAGGAGGUGCAGCAGUUGUGGCUACUGCAACUGGAGUAUAUAGUGCAUGUAGAGCGGUAGCUGGGCUUUACAAUCGAAAAAAACACAAACAAACUGUAGGAUUAAAAAAUGCUGAAGCGAGAGGCCACUGGUUGAAUGUUGGCGGUGGCAUUGCAGCAGGUACCGCAGCCGGGGCUAGCCAACUAAUUAGCAGAACAGUUAGCAGUGGAGCAACCGUUGGAAUGGGUACAAGGGCAUUCUUCAAUAUUGCAACCGGUGCAAAUUUAAUCGUUAAUGGAUCAGCGGUUGUUAAUUCAUUGUACGUAUUCAAAGUCAAGCACGAUAAUAACGAACGGAUUAGUAAUUUGGAGAUCAUCCAAUUCACGACUUCCAUGUUAUUUUUUGCACAUGCAGCGUGGAAUGUUCGAACUGCAAAUACUUUCAUUAAUGAAACACAAGCUAAUGUAUUAAUGGAAUAUGAAGCUAAUUUAAGUAGUAAAAAUAAAAGAAGUAUGUUCAAUAAAGCCUUAUUGGAAUCAGAAAGAACCAAAGGAACACAAGCAGGCAGAGCUGAAAUGAUACGCGGACUAAAAACUAUCACAAAUCAUGAUGAAUUUUUUGGAACUUUAGUUCGAAAUAAUAAAAUGUUUAAUGAAAACAAUGCACGAUUUACCGUUAGCCCAGAUGGCAAAAUACAAGUAAACACAAAUAUGCUUAUUGAUUCAUCUGAAUUUGCAACAAUGUCGGUUGCAUCAAAACAGAAUUUAUUUGCAAAUUUGCCAGAAAAUCCAGUAAACGCACCAAAUGUUGUCCGCACAACAAAUCCUCAAUCGAAUGUCAUAAAUUCAUCACAAUUUCGAAAUGAGUUACUUCAAUUUGGUAUAUCAAUCGGUAAAAUUGCUUUGAGAUAUAGUCCCAAUGUAGAACAAAUAGUUAAUGAAAUUUUUAAUUAUUUUGAAUCUGAUAUUCGUGAAAAAUUAGAAGAUGUUUUAAGUUAUAUUCACACGAAAAUUAAUGAUUUAACCGAUGAUAUUCAACGUAUUUUCCGUUAUACAGAUCAAAUUUUAGUUGUUUUACAAUUUUUGUUUCAAUAUUUAGAAGAAUAUUUGCGUAUUUAUGGUUCAAAUCAGACUAUGAAUAUAAACUUUUGUGAUGUUAAACCCAACGCUUUGUUACGUUCGAUUUUCACUAAUAAAGAUAAAGUUCUAAAAUUUAUAUUCAUUAUAAAAACUAUGGAUAAAACAUUUAUUGAUGAAAUUAUAGAAUCAUUUCGAGAAUGGAUUCAAUUUUGUAUGCAAAAAUUUUGGAGUAAAUAUCGAAAAAUGAUGAAUGAAAUCAGUGAAUCUAUCCAAAAUGAUUGUCCAAUUUGUAAAGGUGUAUAUUAUUCUGUAGUUUAGUACAAAUAUAUUUUUCGUAAUCAAACUUUUUGUAGAGAAUAUUCCGUCUAUAUUACACAAAGUCAAGAUUUCACUUAACAACUAAUUAAAUAAAAUUCAAUUAAUUUCAUACAGAUAGUUUAUUUUCCACGUGCUAGGAUGGAAGUAAUACUUUCUCACCCGCGAAAUUAUAGUUAGUCUGAUAUAAUUUAAAACACAAAAAUAAUUAUGUCUUAACGAAACAAAUUCACAAAUUAGUACUAACAAAGUGUCUUAAUUCAAUAGGUCUAAUCGAAUUUUUAAUAGUAGUUAGUCUAAAAGAGAAACUAUUUUAAUAUUAUUCGAGCAAAUCCAUUACUAUGUACUUCGAAAAAAAUGUUUGUUGUGCCUUUCAUUACAUAUCAAUCGUAUUUUAUAGAAAUAUUUUAUAGACAUUAAUUUAUCUAACA